AUGGCCACUCACAACUUUGAGGCCAUGGCCUCGAAGCUCGAUGAUCCAAGCUCUGAUCUCAGGACGAAGGAGAAGCUUGUGGUCGAGAUACGCGACAACAUCGAGAGCUACUGCCAGGGCGCGCAGUAUGCGCAAUUCAUGAACGCUCUUGUCCCCGCGUUCUUGAAGAUCCUCGAUGGCAAUCCAGUCUUCAUAUCUACAUCCCCGGAACAGCGGAUACGGAACUGUGUGCUUGAGAUCCUCCACCGACUGCCGAUGAACCCCGGCGACGCAGUCGAACCUCAUGCGGCGAAGAUUGUGGACAAGCUCAUGAGCCUUGUGAAGCUCGAGAACGAGGACAACGCGGUGCUCUGCAUGAAGACCAUCAUGGACUUUCAGCGGCAUCAAACGAAAGCGCUGCAGGACCGCGUGCAGCCCUUCCUGGAUCUUAUACAAGAGAUGUUCGAGACGAUGGAGCAGGCGGUACAUGACACGUUUGACAGCGCAACGCCUGCACCGGCCUCGCAAGGCGUACCGUCCACACCGAGCAAUCACCAGUACUCACAAUCGCCGCGACCGAACUCGCCGGCGACAGCCCUUACUUCCGGAUCUACCGGUGAUCUUGGACAGGAAACACAGCAAACACGUAUGUUGCUCAAGGGCAUGCAGUCCUUCAAGGUGCUGGCAGAAUGCCCGAUCAUAGUAGUGUCGCUCUUUCAGGCCUAUCGCAAUUGCGUGAACAAGAACGUCAAGCUCUUUGUUCCGCUAAUAAAGAAUGUUCUCUUGCUGCAAGCCAAGCCACAAGAGAGGGCGCACGAGGAAGCAAAGGCGCAGGGUAAGAUCUUCACUGGGGUCAGCAAGGAUAUUCGCAACCGCGCAGCGUUCGGCGAUUUCAUCACAGCACAAGUUAAGACUAUGAGCUUCUUGGCAUACCUACUGCGGGUUUAUGCGAACCAGCUCAACGAUUUUCUACCAACCUUACCAGACAUUGUCGUACGGUUGUUGAAAGACUGCCCGCGGGAGAAGUCUGGCGCGCGCAAGGAGCUUCUGGUGGCAAUUAGACAUAUCAUCAACUUCAACUUCCGCAAAAUCUUUCUCAAGAAGAUUGACGAGCUACUGGAGGAGCGAACGCUGAUAGGCGAUGGUCUAACAGUGUACGAGACUAUGCGACCGUUGGCAUACAGCAUGCUUGCAGAUCUGAUUCACCACCUUCGGGACUCUUUGUCGAAAGAACAGAUCCGUCGCACCGUCGAAGUUUACACCAAAAAUCUCCACGACAGUUUUCCCGGCACAAGCUUCCAAACCAUGAGUGCAAAGCUGCUCUUGAACAUGGCAGAGUGUAUCGCAAAGCUGGAGCCGAAAGAAGAUGCCCGGUACUUCCUGAUCAUGAUUUUGAAUGCAAUUGGCGAUAAGUUCGCAGCUAUGAACCGUCAGUAUCAUAACGCAGUCAAGCUCUCCGCACAGUACAGCCAGCCUUCGAUCGACGCAACGGAUGAGAACCACAUGGCGGUUCAGGAACAACCUCCAGACUGGGACGAGAUUGACAUCUUCAACGCCACUCCUAUCAAGACCUCGAACCCUCGAGACAGGAGUUCUGAUCCAAUCGCCGACAACAAAUUCCUUUUCAAAAACCUCCUGCAUGGAUUGAAGAAUCUCUUCUAUCAGCUACGCGCCUGCAACCCGGCAAAAAUCAAGGAAGAAAUUGACGUUGCUAACGCGUCAGCCAACUGGCACGAGGUUUCCUUUGGGUACAAUGCUGAGGAGGUAGAGGUGCUCAUCAAGCUCUUCCGAGAAGGUGCUAAGGUUUUCCGUUACUACGGUAAUGAGAAGUCAGUUGAGACCCAAGGCCUAUCACCCGGUGAUCUUAUGGGAAAUCAGCACAUGAUGUCCAGCGGCAAGGAAGAGAAAGAACUACUCGAGACGUUCGCGACGGUCUUUCAUCACAUCGAUCCUGCAACUUUUCACGAAGUGUUUUCAUCCGAGAUACCCCAUUUGUACGACAUGAUGUUUGACCAUCCGGCAUUGCUUCACGUUCCACAGUUCCUGCUUGCUUCGGAAGCAACAUCACCAAGCUUUUCUGGUAUGUUGCUACAGUUCCUCAUGGACCGGAUAGAAGAAGUCGGCACAGCAGACGUAAAAAAAUCGUCGAUUUUGCUGCGGCUGUUCAAGCUUUCUUUCAUGGCCGUGACAUUGUUCUCCCAGCAGAAUGAGCAGGUCCUCCUACCACAUGUCAGCAAGAUCAUCACCAAAUCGAUACAGCUAUCCACCACUGCUGAGGAGCCGAUGAACUACUUCUUAUUGCUCAGGUCGCUGUUUAGAAGUAUAGGCGGUGGUCGGUUCGAGCACUUGUACAAGGAGAUCCUUCCUCUGCUGGAAAUGUUGUUGGACGUCCUCAAUAACCUCUUAAUUACAGCUCGCAAACCGGCAGAGCGCGACUUGUUUGUUGAGUUGUCACUUACAGUACCAGCAAGGCUCAGCAAUCUUUUGCCGCACCUGAGCUAUUUGAUGAGGCCUCUCGUCGUAGCUCUGCGUGCAGGAUCAGAUCUUGUUGGACAAGGUCUUAGGACUCUCGAGCUCUGCGUUGAUAAUCUCACCGCAGACUACCUGGAUCCGAUCAUGGCCCCGGUCAUUGAUGAGCUUAUGGCAGCACUGUGGGAGCACCUUAAACCGAAUCCCUACAGUCACUUCCAUGCUCAUACUACCAUGCGUAUUCUAGGCAAGCUUGGAGGGCGGAACCGAAAGUUCAUCACAGGUCCCCCAGAGCUCAAUUACCAGCCAUACUCGGACGAUCAGUCAUCUAUUGACAUUCGACUCAUCGGUUCGACAAAAGACCGUGCCUUCCCCGCUGUUAUUGGUAUCGAUACUGCUGUCGCUAAGCUGCAUGAAGUGCCCAAGACACCUGCAUCGAAGAAAUCCGAUAUCUUUCAUAAGCAACAAGCCUUCAGACUCAUCACCGCUCACACUAAGCUUAUGAUUGGGUUUGACAGCCUACCAGACGACUUUGCGCAACUCGUCCGGCUUCAAGCAAACGACCUCUGCAACCAGAAAUACGACGUUGGUGCCGAUGUACUCGCCGCGCCUGAUCGCGAGAAGUCGAUACCGAAGAAAACUGUGGAAAGAGAGACACUGAAGAAGCUUCUGAAGGCCUGUAUCUUCGCUGUCUCGGUCCCAGAGCUGAAGACUGAAGCUGAGCCACUCGUCACGAACCUUGCCAAGCACUUCACCCUUUUGGAAUUCGGGAGUCACUUUGCUCUUUCUAAGCACAAAAGCAAACCGUUCGAAGUUCACCUGGGAGAAGGGCCUGUAGUCAUAGAGAGUGAGGUCAUAGCAGACGCUAUAGGUGACUCGCUCGCCUGCGAACACCCCGACGUGCGCGCCGCAGCAGAGCAAGCAAUUCUGACGAUGCGGGAUGCUGCCAAGGCAAUCUUUGGGAGUGACGACAAACUCGAUAGGUUCCCCUUCUUCAACGAUCUUGCCAGUACCUUCUGUCACAACUGUCAUGCCGACGACUGGUUCAUGAAAUCUGGCGGCACCCGUGGUAUCGAGAUCAUCAUCAAGCAGUCAGGUCUUGACUCUACGUGGAUGGUGGCUCGGCACUUCGAACUUAUCCGGGCUCUGAACUUUGUCAUGAAGGACAUGCCUAUCGAUCUCGACUCAAAGACACGAAUACAGGCUGAAGGGCUUAUCGAGGACCUCAUUCGUCAAUGCCACAAGCCAACAACAAAAGAGGAGUUUGAAAAGGGCAACAACAUCACGAUGAGACUUUGUGGCCAACUUGUGGGUGACUUAUCUCACAUGAACAAGAACGUUCGUGAAGCCACACAGAAGGCUUUCCAGGUCUUGUCUCAAGUCACAGGCUUGGGCGUGCACGAGCUUAUUGCGCCAGUCAAGACCCGAUUAAUAGUACCGAUAUGGACCAAGCCUCUGCGAGCUUUGCCAUUUGGUAUUCAGAUCGCCUACAUCGAUGCGAUCACCUUCUGUCUGAAUCUAAAAAACGGCAUUCUAGAAUUCAACGACGAGCUGACAAGAUUGCUCAUGGAAUCGCUGGCUUUAGCCGAUGCUGAAGAUGAGGGUCUCGCAAGCAAGCCUUUCGAACAACGCAACGCAGAGCACAUUAUCAACCUGCGUGUCGCCUGUAUUCGUCUCCUAUCUACGGCGCAGAGUUUCCCGGAAUUUAGUACGACGCCGCCGAACCAGACGUUCCUUCGCAUCAUCGCCGUAUUCUUCAAGUGUCUCUACUCUAAAUCACCAGAGGUCAUUGAGGCUGCGAAUAUUGGUUUGUCAGGAGUCAUCUCGGCAACCAACAAGCUUCCCAAGGACGUACUGCAGUCAGGACUUAGGCCUAUUCUGGUGAACCUGCAAGAUCCUAGGAAGCUCUCGGUUGAGAACUUGGAUGGCCUUGCUCGCCUUCUGAAACUACUUACCAAUUACUUCAAGGUCGAGAUUGGAACUCGCCUACUGGAUCAUCUUAAGAGCAUUGCGGACCAGAACAGCCUGCAGAAAAUCUCAUUCACAAUGAUCGAGCAGAACCCAAAGAUGAAGAUCGUCACAGGUAUCUUCAACAUUUUCCAUCUCCUCCCUCCUGCAGCUGCUACGUUCCUGAAGCAAAUUAUUGAGAAAGUGAUCGAGUUGGAAACUAGUCUAAGGAGAACACAUUACAGUCCCUUCAGAGAGCCUCUGAUUAAGUAUCUGUGCAUGUAUCCGAGCGACACCUGGACACACUUUGCGCCAAACCUUAAAGACCAGACACAGGGACGCUUCUUUGCACAGCUACUCGAGAGUCCUGAAAGUGGCGCGCUGCGGACGCAGGUAUCUGAGGAUGUCCCUGGCUUCCUACAGUCCUUCCAGUUUGAGGGAGCCGAGAAGGACGUUUGCCAAGCUCAGCUCAACGCCAUUCACAUUGCGUACGCUCUCAGUCAGUUCAAAGAGACCAGCAAGUGGUUAUUGGCACAUGACGAUUUGCGCAAGAGUUUAUUCGAAGCGGGCAGGUCCCUUGAGAAGAAGCUACGCCAGAAUCAAAUCGAUCCUGAGCUACGUCUUGCGACAGAACAGGCAGGCGACCAGAUCAUGUCUAUCUUCACUACGUACCUAAAGCACGAGCCGAACAAUCUGGACUUCUUCUUCGAGCUGAUUGACGCUGUCACGUCCGAAGAGCUGAAGGCUUCCCCACGCUUGUUCGACUUCAUAUACAAGCAGAUCAUCUCCAGCGAGUCCGUUGAAUACUGGAAGACCCUUAUCAACAGGUGCAUCGACCUCUACACUUCCCGCAACUCGUCGCAGAAGACGAAGACUUUUAUCUUCCACAACAUCGUCAAUCCGAUCUUCGCUAUGGAUGUGAAGCGCAACUGGAACAUCCUGUUCGAUCAGAAGACCGAGGGUACGAAACUCAUGGACAAGAGCAUGACCGAGACCAUCCACAAGAGGCUGUGGCUACCGCAAUCUCUCACAGAUACUUCAGAAGAGACGGCUCAGCUUGGUGUCGAUCACUCCAGGAUGGAACUUCUUCAGCUGACAACGCUACUGCUCAAGUACUACUCCGGGAUGAUUGAAGAGUACAGAAAGGAUGUUAUCAAGUUCGGUUGGAACUACAUCAAGCUCGAGGAUAUCAUCAACAAGUACGCCGCGUACGUGCUAGUGGCGUUCUUCAUCGCUGUAUACGAGACGCCUAAGAAGAUUGCCGCGCACACAUACCAGUCGCUGCUCAAGGCGCAUCAGAACGAAGGCCGCAGUUUGGUCAUGCAGGCCCUCGAACUCAUGGCUCCAGUGCUGCGCAAGCGCAUGGGUGGUGGCGAAAGGAUGCCGCUCUGGAUUCAACACCCACGCAAGAUUCUUUCUGAAGAGAGUUCAAAUUUGCAGCAGCUCAUGAGCAUCUUCAAUUUUGUUGUGCGACAUCCAGACCUUUUCUACGAAGGCCGCGAACAUCUCUCGCCAAUCAUAAUUACUGCUCUGUCCAAGAUCGCGCAGCCUCCCAACCCGUCAACUGACGCUAAGAAAUUGGCGCUGAAUCUGAUUAGCUUGAUCAGGACUUGGGAGGAGCGCACAGCGAAUGAGUCUGGCGCAGGAGCAGAGCGGCCAUCUUCGUCACCGACUGCAUCCAAGAGGAAAGCAGAUGGAACAAUUAUUGCUUCCACUUCCCUGCCCAAGGAGUUUGUCGCUCAAGCUUCCACUCGCAUGAUGCUUAUCAAGUACCUCAUCCAAUUCAUCGCGUAUCUGCCAGAGCGCUUUCCCGUCGCCUCUCCAAAGCCAAAGGACUUGACCCUGGCGAUACCCAUUACGCCACAGCCUACCGAGAUCUGCCGCAAGGCCGUGCAGCUAUUGCAUGAUCUGCUUGCGCCUCGUCUCUGGAAUGACCUGGAUCUAGAUGUUAUGCUUUCGAAAAAGAUCGAAGAGAUUCUCCUUGCUGAGAUGAAGCAAGAUGAUAAGCCGGAAGUCUUUCACACUAGGAUGAUCAACACGCUUCAGAUUGUCAAGGUAAUCGUCAAUGUCAAGCCUGACGACUGGGUGCUGCAGCGUAUCCCGUUGUUCCAGAAGAUCCUAGAGAAACCGAUUCGUUCUGAAAAUGCUGAUGUACAGGCCAGCCUGCACGCGGUCGAUGAGAACGAAGACUGCUCAACGAAGCUACAACCAACAUUAAAACGCAUUCUAGAAGUCAUGCCAGAGCCUGUCACGGAUGACGAGGGCAAUACAGAAGAGUCAACAUCAACUGAGUUCGUCAGUUUCCUCGGAACUGUUGCAACAGAAGCGCUGUCCAACGGAUCCUACAUUUGCGCCAUUAACGUUCUCUGGACUCUCUGCCAGAAGCGCCCUGAGGAGAUCGAUCAGCAUAUUCCACAAGUCAUGAAGGCUUUCCAGGGCAAGAUGGCCAAGGAUCACCUUGCUGGCCACAGUGGUACUCCGGGGCAGGCAGCACCCCCAGGCAUGCGCUCCGAAGGCGCCAAUCCACCGACGGACCCGCGUGAGAUCGAAGUACAGACAGAUCUAGUUCUCAAAGCCGUUGAUAUUCUUGCAGCGCGCAUGAACGAACUCGGCGAGAACAGGAGACCUUACCUCAGUGUACUUGCAUCUCUAGUCGAGCGAUCGCAGGUCAACUCGGUCUGCAUGAAAGUCCUGGACCUCGUUGAAGAUUGGAUUUUCCACUCUACAGAGCCGGUUCCAACACUCAAGGAGAAGACGGCCGUGCUUAGUAAAAUGCUGCUUUUCGAACACCGACAAGACACUUCGCUCCUUACCCGAUUCCUUGAUCUCGUCAUUCGAAUCUACGAGGAUCCUAAAAUUACACGGAGCGAGCUUACCGUCAGGAUGGAGCACGCUUUCCUUAUUGGAACCCGCGCGCAAGAUGUCGAGAUGCGCAAUCGGUAUAUGGCCAUUUUCGACAAGAGCCUGAGUCGUACCGCUGCUAGCCGUUUGAGCUAUGUGCUUGCGUCGCAGAACUGGGACACGCUUUCAGACUCAUACUGGCUGAGCCAAGUCAUCCACCUCAUGUUCGGUUCGAUCGAGAUGAACAGCCCUGCUGAACUGCACGAAGAGGACUUCAAACUCACGCAUCCAACUACCUUGUUCGCUACUUACAGCAAAGACUCCAGGAUUGCGGAUGUCAUGGUCGAUGACGACCUUGAGAGCCUGAUCAGCAGCCAUCGUCGAUUUGCUAGCCAGCUUGGAGACGUCAAGAUUAAGGACAUCUUCGAGCCGCUCGGACAUCUACAGCAUACAGACAAUGAUCUUGCACACGACAUCUGGGUUGCAUUCUUCCCAUUGGCUUGGACUGCAUUGACAAAGGAUGAUCAGAGUGAUCUCGAGAAGGGCAUGGCCGCAUUGCUCACUAAAGACUUCCACAACAGACAGCUUGAUAAGCGACCGAAUUGUGUUGCUACCAUGCUCGACGCUAUCGUACAUGCGAAGCCGAGAGUGAAGUUCCCACCUCAUAUCAUGAAAUACUUGGCUCAGACGUACAACGCCUGGUACACUGCGGCUGUGUACAUGGAAGAGUCGGCCAUCUCACCUGUUGUCGACGUUGAGAAGCUGAGGGAGAGCAACCUAGAUGCUCUCCUGGAAAUCUACAGCGGUUUACAAGAGGAUGACUUGUUUUACGGUACUUGGCGCAGGCGAUGUCAGUUUUUGGAGAGCAACGCUGCGCUCUCGUACGAGCAGUGCGGUAUCUGGGACAAGGCCCAGCAAAUGUACGAAGCUGCCCAGAUUAAAGCUCGGACCUCAGUACUGCCUUUCUCUACGGGAGAGUACAUGCUAUGGGAGGACCACUGGGUGAUUUGCGCGCAGAAGUUGCAACAGUGGGAAAUUCUCAGCGACUUCGCCAAACAUGAGAACUUUAACGACCUCUACCUAGAGUCCACAUGGAGGAGCUUCGAAGCUUGGCAAAAUGCAGAGACCCGCGAGCAGCUCGAUACCACUAUCAAGGCGGUCAGUGAUGCCCCAACUCCUCGACGCGUCUUCUUCCAGACAUUCAUGUCACUGCUCAAGCUGCACGCAAAGCAAGAGUCGCCACCAGAGUUCCACAGGCUAUGCGACGAGUCGAUCCAGCUGUCUAUUCGCAAGUGGCAUCAACUUCCUCGGCGCAUCACGCAGGCGCACAUUCCGCUUUUGCAGCACUUCCAGCAACUUGUCGAAUUGCACGAUGCAAGUGUUAUAUGCCAGAGUCUUGCACAGACCACACAAGCCAAUCUUGAUAUGAAGUCUCAAGAGCUCAAGCUGCUUCUUAGCACCUGGCGUGACCGUCUGCCCAACUUUUGGGAUGACAUUAACGCUUGGCAAGAUCUUGUUACCUGGCGUCAGCACGUCUUCCAGCUCAUCAACGGAGUAUACCUAAAUCUGCUGCCUCCGAAUCAAAAUAACGCUAGUGGUAACAGCUUUGCGUACAGGGGUUACCACGAGACCGCCUGGAUCAUCAACCGCUUCGCGCAUGUAGCACGGAAACACAACCUGCCCGAAGUCUGCAUCAACCAGUUGGGCCGCAUCUACACACUUCCUAACAUCGAAAUUCAGGAAGCAUUCCUCAAGUUGCGUGAACAGGCCAAGUGUCAUUACCAAAUUCGGGCAGAUUUGAACAGUGGCUUGGAUGUUAUCAACAACACUAACCUUAACUACUUUGGUCCCCAGCAGAAGGCAGAGUUCUACACUCUCAAGGGCAUGUUCCUCGCCAAGCUCGGCAAUAAGAGUGAGGCUGGCGAAGCGUUCGGCACUGCGUUGUACUUCGACAUCAAGCUACCAAAAGCGUGGGCAGAGUGGGGACGAUAUAACGAUAUGCUUUUCAAGGAGGAGCCACAAAAUCUGGAACGCGCUGAAGCGGCGCUCAGUUGUUACCUCGAGGCUGCUAGUCAGUUCAAGAAUGCGAAGAGUAGGAAGUUGCUAGGCCGGGUAUUGUGGUUACUCAGCUUGGAUAACCCAGAGCGAAAAUUGGCGGAGAAGUUUGAAGAGUUCAAGGGCGAUACCCCAGCAUGGUACUGGAUUACUUACAUUCCGCAGUUGCUGAACAGUCUCUCACGACAAGAAGCGCCUAUCGCUAGGUCAAUUCUGGGUAAACUUGCGAAGACGUACCCUCAAGCACUUUAUUGCCACCUCAGGACAACACGAGAGGACAUGGUAGUGCUCAAGAAGAAUCAUGAGCAGAAGGAGGCAAAGGACAAGGCUGCGCGUGCAGCAAAAGCACAACAACAAGGAAACCAGUCUUCUCCGGCACCGAAGCAAAGCUCACCCGAUGCCCGUCCUAGCUCGAGUGGCAACCAGGCUGCUGGUACCAACGGCGAUGCAAAGCCUGUCGUUUCGACAAGUACACCGGGCGGCACUGUCAAGGUCGAAGGCAAUGCCCAAGGCAGUCCUGCCGUCAAUGGCGCGCCGACUGUCGAAGUCACACCGCCCACACCGAAGAAACCAUGGGAUCAUGUUGAGGAGAUCAGUGCUAUUCUCAAAACAGCAUUCCCGCUACUUGCCUUGUCCAUGGAGACGAUGCUCGAUCAGAUCCACAAGAACUUCAAGUGUCCUCCUGAUGAGGAUGCCUACAGACUGAUCGUUGCGUUGUUGAAUGACGGAUUGUCAUACGUAGGCCGUCAGCCUACGCUCUAUGCGCGAGAUACCAAACUUCCAUCAUCCACUGAGGGGAACAUAACACGGUUCGCCGAAUCUGUGCUCCCAGCGCAUAUCAGGAAGUCGUUCGAAACAGACUUUAUCAAAGACAAACCCACCAUGUUCGAGUACAUCCAGAAGUUACGCACCUGGAGAAACCGAUUUGAAGAGCGUCUCGAUCGCAGGAGGGUCGUUGUUCCACUCGAACAGUAUACUCACCAGCUGAGCGAGUUCAGAUUCCUGAAGUUCGACGAUGUCGAGGUGCCUGGACAAUACUUGUUGCACCGUGACAAAAAUUCCGACUUUGUGCGUAUCGAGCGCUUCCUCUCUGAUGUUGAGCUGGUACGCGGCGUUGGCGUGUGUCAUCGCAGGAUUAAGAUCCGUGGCCACGAUGGCAGCACACAUCCGUUUGCUAUUCAAUUCCCCACUGCGAGAAGCUCAAGGCGUGAGGAACGUAUUAUCCAACUGUUCCGUAUCUUCAACGGUAUCUUGUCAAAGCGCAAAGAGAGUCGUAGGAGGAACCUCCUGUUCCAUCUGCCGCUCAUGGUGCCCAUUACGCCUAGUGUCCGUCUGAUCCAGGACGAUCCGUCGGUUAUGAACUUGCAAGGCAUCUACGAGGACUACUGCAGAAAGAACGGCAUCAACAAAGAUGAGCCGGUUCUAUUCAGCAUUGACAAACUAAGAGCGCUCCAGCCUAAGAACUUGGACCACGCGAACAGCAUCCGCCUUGAGACAUUCUCCGCCGUGCAAGAAAAAUACGUCCCUCCAACCGUCGUACAAGACUACUUCCGCGCUACUUUCCCCACCUUCUCAGACUUCUGGCUCUUCCGGCGCACUUUCUCCUACCACCUCGCCGCGCUGACUUUCAUGACUUACGUCAUGCACAUGAACACGCGUUUCCCACACAAGCUCCUUAUCUCGCGUCAAUCAGGCCGCGUCUGGGGUUCUGAACUCAUCCCCAGCAUGGCUGUCGGAAAGCCAAUUCUACAUAACUCGGAGCCUGUCCCCUUCCGUCUUACGCCCAAUCUACAGACCAUGCUGGGUCCUCUCAACUUGGAGGGUAUAUUCGCGCCAGCGGUAAUGACAGUUGCUAGGUGUCUCAUUGAACCUGAGGGCGAGCUGGAGAUGCAACUCAGUAUCUUCAUGAGAGACGAGAUGAACCAUUGGUUCACUAGCCAGCACAAGAGCAGCAGCCUGACACCGGAUGUGUUGAGAGAAAGUGUACAGCAAAACAGUGACCUGGUGGUCAAGAGAGCGAGCAGCAUUGGGAGUCUACCGUCCGGUGCGAAUCUGCCAGCGAACCAGACAAUGGUGGAUCUUGUGAGUGUUGCAGUGCACCCACAGAAGCUGGCUAUGACGGAUCCACUGUGGAUGGCGUACUUGUAA